UACAAAUACCAUGUUAUCCCCAGAUUUUGGGGAACACCUCAUUCCUCAGUAGUACGCUGGUAAGGUACUUCAACUCUAUCUCUCUUACUGCCACUCCCGAAAUUUUCUUGUGUUUAAAAUUUUCCGAAAUCUUAAACUAACCAGUGCCGAUAGGUAUUCUACCACCGACUUUCAUUUAUAUUAAUUCAGUACACUCUUUUCAAUCGCAAACAUGAAAUUAUCUUCAUCUUCCAUCCUUAUCGCCGGAGCUUUCUGUGCAGCAACAUGCUCUGCACAGAAUGACUGGAAGGCACCUCUAACAACCGAUAAGCGUUCUCCUUGUCCAAUGGUCAACUCUCUCGCCAAUCACGGCUUCCUUCCCCGCGACGGCAGAGAAAUCACAUUACAAGCGCUCAAAGAUGGCUUCAAGCAAGGAGCAAAUCUCGCGGAAUCUGCCACAGAAGUUGUUGGUGGAAAAGCUUUGUCAACAAGCACAACAGGAAACCCAGAAACUUUCAACCUUGAUGACCUUAAGAAACACCCAGGGUGUAUGUUCUCCAGCCUCCCUCUCUCUGAUUUAGUAUAUCAAUCUAAUAUAUGAAAUAGUUCUAGAGCACGAUGCUUCUCUUUCCCGACAGGACACCUUCUUUGGCGACAACGCCAUAUUUAACAGCUCAAUUUGGGACCAUACCCUUGGUUUCUUCCCAGAUCCAGUAAUCUCCGUCCGGCAAGCCGCAGCAGCGAUUGCAGAUCGUCAGGUCAAAGCCAGGGCAGAGAACCCCGAGUUUAACAUGACUGCUGGAGACAAGACGGCCAUGAAUAUUGAGACUUCACUGUACUUGCUCACCUUUGUUGAUGAGGCUCAGAGUGUACAAAAGGAAUGGGUUGAAGUUCUUUUCAGUAAGUACUGAUUUAUUAUGCUUAAAAUGGUAUGACCAGAACACUAAUCUAGCUUAAUUAGCUGAGGAGAGACUUCCAAUUGUAGAGGGGUGGGUUAAACCUACUACUGAGGUCACCGUACCUAUGGUUCUGGCAAAGGUGGCAGAAAUUGGUAAUGCCUUGCCAUUACCAAAAUAAGGGAACUUUUGUACUUUUGUAGUGGGAUGGAGUUUGCGAGUUCAUGUCCUGCGUUUGGGGUUUAAACUAUGAAAAUGAAAUGUUUAACGUAAAAUCGGUUUCUUCUUGAACUUGCUUGUCUCGUUCGGAUUUUGAUGAUACGAGUACCGCGGAUUUAUACUGGACGAAAUGUUGGGUAGAUGGCGGGGUGGAGCAAUCUGAUCAACCACAAACCAGGGCCAUGUGACGAAUCAAAGAAGAACUAAAACCCAUUGUAUUACUCUAGUUAUUCGGAUAAAUUGAAAUGAUUAACC